AAAACGCGACGAGGCGCGGCCUUUGGAGCUCGCGUCGCCCCCGCGCGGCCCAUCCGCACGGUCGCCGCCACAGCAGCAGUCGUCGGGCAGCGCUUGACGCGACGCGGGCAGCGGUUUCAGGCAGCCCAUGGCCGAUCAAAGUGCCAUGGAGGAGGCGGCGCCGCUCCUCGGCGGCAGCAGCCCCACAACCAAGCGCCGGUCCCGCUGGCAGGCCGCCGCCGCGGUAGCAGCUACGCUUGGGGUGGUAGCGUUAAGUAGAGGCGGCCGGACCGUGGAGCCGCGCACAACGAUGGAAGACGCCCUGCCCCCCUCCACCGUGGACCUCAUCCAACCUGUGAAAGGCGCAAAACCGCUCCAGAUGGGCCACUUCGGCAAGUGGACGGUCAUGGCCUCUACUAGACAACGCAUGGACGAGACCGCCGAUGCUUUGUGGUGGGGGAUGAAUAUGUUGGAGCGGUUCCGCGACUACGACGCUGACCCGGCGUUUCCCUCUUAUAGCUAUCUGGGGCCUACCGGGUGUUCGGUCGUGCAACGGCGGUGGAUGUCCCUCAAACACCAGCCCGCCGACGACGAGAUGCACAUCGUCUGGAAUAGUGGGAAUCAAGAGAGGAAUACCGCUACCGUGAACGGUCGGACCCUAUCUCUCAGUGCGGAGGAGGUCUUCUCUAGUAUACAUGACUUGCAUGUCCAAACAGCUUUGACAGAUAACCAGUUCUCGGGCCAGAAAGUAGGUGUCUUCGACGUCACGGGUAUAGAACGAGCCGUCUGGGGCGCGCGCGACAACCUAAGGAAGUUCGGCUGGCCCUAUCGGUUGCUCAAGGGCGUCGGUGUCAUACAAGAUCAUAACGCUAAGAAGAAGCGGGAGACUGAUCUCUAUAUUGUCCGAACUUUGACCCCAGACGGAAAAAUAAUUGAAACGACAGCCGUCGCCGCCAACAGCCAAGUCGCCAAGGACGCCUUCUCGCGCGUCGAGAAGGAUGAAUCGUUGCGAUAUCCGGUCAAGCUGCCGGCCUGGCAGUUCGGGAGCACCUCGUGCGGGAGCGACACUCCGUACAUUUUCUGCGGAAAACCUCGGUUUAAUGAAAAAUUAUUUAUAACGCAGACGAACGCGGAAACGUCGGACUAUACCGCCGGCUGGCCCUAUUGGGAGGGGCAGACUGGUACUAUUGGGGACGACGGGCUGGUCAAUAUCACUAGAUCUGCUCAUACGCACGUCGCGUCCACGGACCCCAUCAGAGAUGCUCUGUUUCUGAGGAAGUGGCUCAAACACGAACCGUUGACGGAUUUCCCGGAUUCUGACGACGAGGCUUGGGUCGCUUUACCGUUAGCACCUGUGUGGAAAUCAACCAGUGUGUCGGGUGCGCUGCCGUUCUGCCCGUCGAGCGAUGAGGAACUGGCAUCGCCACGCCAUCGAGCAGGCGGCGCGUCGAUGGCGUGAAGGAUGACGCGAUGAUUCGGCACGAACGCGCCGUAAAAUUUUGAUUUCCACACAGGCUAGAACAGGCGGAUGGGGUCUCGAAGUACACGAACCACUACGUCCAUUUAUCAAAACCGUCCGGGUUAAGUGCAGAACUUCCGCGGGGCCAAGGUGAGCUCUCGCUGUCCGACUUCGAGGGGUUCGUGCGGUUUUUGCGGGAGCAGCAAGGUGGCUUGGACUGGAACCACUACGACCCGUUCCUCGACGAGCACGUCGGCAUCGAGGGAUGCCAUUCUCAGAUAGCAGCCGUAUCAUCAACUUUAUUGGCGAUGCACGGCGACGGCGUGCCCAUGCUCACGCGUAGGGAACUCGUGGCCGACGAUCCUGGUAGGAAGGAGGAGCGCUUCUCCGUCUUCUUCGACCUGCCCGUGUCGACGUAUGCGUUUCAGUUACGAGUGAACGGCGACAUGGACGACCUGAAGUCGCACGGCCUGCCGGAGUUCUGCGACUGGGACUUUUGUAGAGAUGAAGGCUUCGGGAACUACCGGGCGCCGGACCUGCUCUACAUGGAUCCACAAGUUUGCGGCUUCUCGUCGCUAUCGGACUAACAUCGUUUUGUAUCUAGCUCGUCUCUUGUAGGGACCCCGUCUAUGGACCCCGUCUAGGGACCCCGUCGAUCUACCCCGUCGACGCGACGGCGGCGACGCGGCGAGGUCGCUGGGUCGCGGCGGGUGGCCAGUGACCUCUACCCGUCCCGCCGUUGCGCCACAAUGAACGAUACGGGGGCGCGCGACGCGUGCCCGGCACGCGGGGGAAUGUCCAACGGCCUAAGAUUCCAUCAUUUCUCGGGCCCUCUUGCCAAAACGCGACGAGGCGCGGCAUCUGGAGCUCGCUUCGCAGGCGCGGUCCAUUCGCAUAGUAGCACUCGACCUAGGACGCGCCCGGGGCGCGACGGCGCUCCCGCGCGUCCGGGCCCCACUGCUCUGGCCAGCGACCGCUACCCAGCCAGUCGCUGCACAAGCAUGGACGGCACGGUGGCGCGCCGCGACGCGUGCCGCGGCGCCCGGGGGAAUUGUGCAGCCGCAACGGCUAGUUUCCUAAGCUUCGACCAGCUUUUGGCCUCUGCGCAAAGGCCGCGCGACGACGAGCGCGCAAGCAGAGGCACUUGGGCAGCAAGCGAAGCAGUCCCUUCCCGCCGCCGACGAGCCCAGACGAUGGACGAGCAGUCCCCGCCGGCGGACAUGGAGAGCAGCCCCUUGCUCGGGGGCAGCCCAUCAUCAAAGCGGCGGUCGCGCUGGCAGGCCGCGGCCGCGGCCGCCGCCGCGACGCUCGGGGUCGUGGCGCUGGCGCGCGGCGGCCGGAACGACGUCGCACCAUCGGCCAACGCCGCCGCCGCGCCGGCCGCGACUUACGAGAAGUCCUGGCAGGUGCCCACGACGGACAACACGGACUUGGUCCAACCUGUGAAAGGAGCGAAACCGCUGGAGAUGGGCCACUUCGGCAAGUGGACUAUUAUGGCCUCUUCUAAGAAAAACAUGGACGAGACCGCGGAAGCGAUGUGGUGGGGCUACAACAUGAUGGAGCGCUUCCGGGACUACUCCGUGGAUCCCGCGUUUCCCUCGUAUUCAUAUUUGGGGCCGACUGGUUGUUCGACGGUGCAACGUCGAUGGUUAUCUGCUAGACACCAACCGCCGGACGACGAGGUGCACGUAGUGUGGAAUUCUGGGAAUCAAAUCCAAAAUAAAGCUACAAUCGACGGUCGUACUUUGUCGUUGUCUGCGGAGGAGGUCUUCGAGUCAAUAAGGACGCUACAUGUGCAAACGGCAUUGCAGGACAACCAGUUCUCGGGCCAAAGGUUAGGAUGGUUCGACGUUACUGGUAUAGAGCGGGCCGUCUGGGGCGCUCGAGAUAAUUGGGAGAAGUUCGGCUGGCCCUACCGCUUGCUGAAGGGUAUUGCCGUGGUCCAGGACCAGAACUACUCGCCCCAUCAAGAGGUGGACUUGUACAUCGUGAGAAGCUUGACGAGAGAUGGCAAGCUCCUCGAAAUUACGGCCGUGGCGAACAACGCCAAGGACACGCAGGAAGCCUUCAUGAACGUCAAAACGGACCCUACCUUGAGGUACCCGGCCAAGCUCCCCGCGUGGACUUUUGGCGUGACCGCGUGCGGCUCGGACGUGCCCUACAUCUUCUGCGGCGUGCCGCGGUUCAACCGGAGGCUGUUCGAGAUCCAAACUUCCGAACCGGAGUCCGGGUUGGAUUCUCCGUUGUUGGAAGGGCUGGACGGCCUCGUGAACAUCACACGCAGUGCCUAUACUCAUGUGGCCUCGACGGACCCGAUCACAGAUGCCUUGUUCUUGCGCAAGUGGCUCAAGCACGAACCGCUCACGGACUUCCCCGAUUCAGAUACAGAGGCCUGGGUCGCGCUCCCGCUCGAGCAGGUCGAUGGAGUCAGUGAAGCUAAGAAGACCGUACACUAUGUUCAUUUAUCGAAGCCUACUGGAUUGAGCGCCGAACUGCCCCGCGGUCAGGGCGAAUUGUCGUUGCAUGAUUUCGAGAAGUUCGUGCGGUUCUUGCGGGAGCAGGAAGGUGGCUUGGACUGGAAUCAUUACGACCCCUUCUUGGAUGAACACGUCGGCGUGGAAGGCUGCCACAUGCAGAUUCCCGCGGUCGCUUCGGCACUACUCGCAAUGCAUAAUGACGGCGUGCCCAUGCUUACUCGACGCGAGCUCGUCACUGAUAACCCGGGCUUCUACGACACGGUCCAGGAAGAGCGCUUCUCCGUCUUCUUCGACCUGCCGGCGUCGACGUAUGCUUUCCAACUACGCGUGAACUCGGACACGGACGAGCUGAAGUCGCACGGCCUGCCGGAGUUUUGCGACUGGGACUUCUGCCGGGACGAGGGCUUCGCAAACUACCGCGAGCCGGGGGCGCUGUUCAUGGACCCGGCGGUCUGCGGCUUUUCUUCCUUGGAGUCGUAG